UUUAGCUUUGGUCUGAGUUUAUUAGGGGAGGGGGAGAGAGAGAGAGAGAGAGGAAGAAGAAGAAGAAGAAUGAGAAUAAUAAAACCCAGCAGCCUCACAAAGAGGAUCGUCAAGAAAAUGUGCAAAAUACUCAUAACCCACGAUCAGAAUCAGUGGGAAGAGAUAAUCGGAACCCUGUUCUCCCAAGAGGAAGGAGAAGUGGUUCCAUCAGACAUUGCUCAUUUGGUGUUCGACCGAAUUCCUGACCCGCAUUUGGGUUUGAGGUUCUUUGACUGGCUAACUCAACGCCCACCGCCGUUCUUUUCUUCUCCUGAUGCCCGUGCUUGUUCUUCCCUUCUUGAACUCUUGGCCAAGUCCAGAGUGUUUUCGGAGAUUGAAACGCUGUUGCAGAGCAUGAAAGGGCAAGAUAUGUUACCAACCCGCCAAGCCUUGGAUGCUGUUAUUCGAUCAUAUUCAGAUUCUGGGUUCGUGGAUAAAGCCCUUGAACUGUAUAGGACUGUGAUGUCCACUUACAAUUCCCUUCCUGAUGUUCUUGCUUGUAAUUCUUUGCUUAAGCUGCUUGUAGAUAUUGGUCAAAUUGAAACUGCACAUCGGGUGUAUGAUGAAAUGGUUGAAAGAGAUAAUGGGGGAGGGGAUGGCGGCUGUAUAGAUAAUUAUAGUACUUGUAUAAUGGUUAGAGGAUUGUGUAAGGUAGGGAAGGUCGAGGAAGGUAGAAAGCUGAUUGAGGACAGGUGGGGAGAAGGCUGUAUACCCAAUAUUGUCUUUUACAAUACGCUAAUUAAUGGCUAUUGCCAGAAAGGUGACACUGGAAGAGCUUAUGAGCUUUUUAAGGAGUUGAAAUUGAAGGGAUUUUUACCUACAGAGGAGACAUUUGGUGCAAUGAUAAAUGGGUUUUGCAAGGGAAGGGAUUUUGAGGCGGUUGAUAGGCUCCUGAUGGAAAUGAAAGCAAGGGGCUUAAAUAUUAAUGUUGAAAUCUAUAACAGUGUCAUUGAUGCUCAAUAUAAGCAUGGUUACGAGGUGAAGGUGAUCGAGACUAUAAAUAAGAUGAUUGAGAGUGGUUGUGAGCCUGACAUAGUGACUUAUAAUACCCUGAUAUAUGGUUCGUGUAGGGGUGGAAAGGUUCAGGAAGCUGAAGAGCUUCUAAACCGCGCAGCGAGAAAGGGAUUGGCACCCAAUAAAUUCAGUUAUACUCCUCUCAUACAGUAUUAUUGCAGACAAGGGGAAUUUGUAAGGGCUUCAGAAAUGCUGAUCAAGUUGACAGAAAGAGGUGAUAAACCUGAUGUGAUCACAUAUGGAGCUCUUGUCCAUGGGCUUGUCUCUGCAGGUGAACUAGAUGUUGCAUUAGCCAUUCGUGAUAGAAUGUUGGAAAGAGGAGUUUUGCCUGAUGCUGGUAUUUACAAUGUCUUGAUGAAUGGAUUUUGUAAGAAAGGCAGGCUUACUAUUGCUAAACAGCUAUUUGCUGAGAUGCUUGACCAGAAUGUGCUGCCCGAUCCCUUUGUUUAUGUCACUCUAGCUGAUGGAUUCAUAAGAAAUCGUGACAUUAAUGGGGCUAAGAAGCUUUUUGAGCUCAUAAUUGAAAAGGGUAUGGAUCCAGGUGUGGUGGGGUACAACACCAUGAUUAAGGGUUACUGUAAGCUCGGAAUGAUGCUUGAUGCAAUAUCAUGUCUCAACGAAAUGAUAAAAAAGCAUAUUUCUCCUGAUGAAUUUACUUAUUCUACAGUCAUAGAUGGAUAUGUAAAGCAGGAUGACUUGGGUGGUGCAUUGAGGAUGUUUAGUCAAAUGGUGAAACGGCAAUGCAAGCCAAAUGUUGUUACUUACACCUCUCUGAUUAAUGGUUUCUGCCGAAGGGGAGAUAUCGAUGGAGCUCAAAAAGCUUUUAGGGAGAUGCAAUCUCAUGGUUUGCAGCCUAAUGUUGUCACAUAUAGUGUACUAAUAGGAAGCUUUUGUAAAGUGGGUAACCUUACAAAAGCGGCCUGUUUUUUCGAACAGAUGUUGAUGAGCAAGUGCACUCCCAAUGAAGUUACUUUCCAUUAUUUGGUGAACGGGUUCUCAAAUUGUGGACACAGUAUUAACUACAAUAAGGCAAAUGAGUCUUGUGAACAUGGGAUAUCUGUGUUUCUGAAUUUUUUUAGAAUGAUGGUGUCAGAUGGUUGGUUUCCAAGGAUUGCUGCAUAUAGUUCUAUUAUUGUAUGCCUUUGCUUAUAUGGAAUGCUAAAGACCGCUCUCCAGUUGAGUGGUAAUAUUGGUAGUAAGGGCUGCAUCUCUGAUUCUGUUACUUUUGCCGCCCUGCUACAUGGUGUUUGCUUGGAAGGACAAUCAAAAGACUGGAAGAAUAUUAUUCCAUGCAAUUUACAUGAAUCAGAGCUCAAGAUUGCUUUGAAAUAUUCAUUGAUAUUAGAUGAUUACCUGCCUAAAGGAGAGAGUUCAGAGGCUUCACAAAUUUUGCAGACUUUUGUUGAAAAAUGCAGGUCUCUUGGUGAAGAAGGGAAUGAUCUUGAGGAUUUAUUAAGUUAGGGGAUCCCUCAAAAUCCCAAACAGGAUUUUCAAGUCCCAAAAACCAGAGAACUUUCUCAUCACCUGGGAACUGAUUGGAUCUUAGAUUGGGUCACCCCUUGGAAAUGUUUUCAACCAAAAGCAGUCUUUUAAUAUUUGUCAUUGUUGUUCACUACCAUUCAAAGGGAACUACAAUCACAAUAUUGUGUACUGCCACGUUGAAUGCAAUGAAGCAGAAAUGGCAUUUCAAAGGUGCCAACUGGAACUGCUUUUCUUAAGAGAUAAUAGAUGCACCUAAAGAUUUUUCUGAGGAGAAACUGUUUGAAGUAACCAUGCAGCAGCAGGUUACAGAGGAGCAAAUGGGAGCUACAGCGAAAAAACUGGUGGGUGUGGCAAGAGAGGUGGAAACAUUGCAUGCUGAGAAAAAGCACGUUUGGUGCCUAUAGUCAGAGUUAUGGAAGACAACAUGGUCAGAUGGGUCUUGGGGCUACAUCAGAGAGGGAAUGAUCCCGAAUGCAGGUGGCAGCAGAGCAGCUGCUUCUGGUGGUGCAUCUGUGCCUGGUGCUGCUUCUGCCUUGGGAGGAGCGUAUGAUGCCCCGCCCCACCCACCAUAGGUGAAAGCUCAUAAGGGGGAUAAAAGUGGUGGAGAUGACUGAAGAGUUCGUACCUCACGGUUGCUUGGUGGCAAUUAUCAGGAAGGAAAAGCCUAUUGUUAAGUGCUGAAAAGUUGGUUUUCAAUCAAAUUGAUUCUCUUCCAAUGCAAUACAUUGUUAUUGGUGCUUUAUGGUUGCUUGCCAUCACAUCAAGGGCCUAGAGAAGGAAGAUGAAGGGCACCCAAAAUUCCGAGUGUUGAAAUUGAAUUCCUGAUUCUGUUUGUUUCUUGUUCUUUUUGAAAGGGGAAUGAAUGUAAUCAAAUUUCAAUAGUUCAUCUAUCUUCCAUCUUCAAUUGUAACGACAGCUUUCAAUCAUAGAUUGAGGCUUAUACAACACUUUUGCAUAUGAGGUUAAUUACAAGGCUAGAUGUAAAAUUACAUUGGCCCCCACCCAAUAUUUAUUUUGAAUAAUAUACUCAUUUG